AGACAGACAGACAGACAGACAAAGUCUUCGCAUAAAGUAGCUGAAGCUACUUAAUAAAUAUAUGGCCCGAUAUUUUAGAAAUGUUAUUGUCUAUCAGGUGCGUCGUCAUUGAUUUCAUUCUUAAAUGUUAAUUUGUGCGAAUCAUAUUAAUUCUGCAUAUGUAUAAAUUGUCUCUCAAUCGACCAACCAUCAUGAUCAGGUCUGAUAUCCUUAGGAUGCGAUUUGUCCCAUGUUACGGAAAUUCUAUCACUUCUAUCAAUAUCUUUAGAAUGAACUGACCUAUUAGGCGGCUUAAUCCUAAAUAUGCAUAUUUUUUUUGUCGUGCCCUUUCGUUCAAUACAGCUCAUGAUUAUUAUUGUUAUGCACUUCAUACGUACUUAUGUAUGUCGUACAUAUUGCGCCUCUUAUGAUUGAUGCAUAUUUAGGUACAUAAAGCAAUAUGAUAUUGUUUUAUAUAAAAAAUAACAAUAAAAUAAAAACUUCAAGCAAAAAGGGUAAAGGAAAUGUACACUAUACGGCAAUCAGUCCACAUUGUUUUCAAGAAUCAAACCAGUUUAGAGUGGGGUCUGCCCUUAACUUUCGUUCUGAAAUGCCAAUGAUCUUCCCAUCUGAAUAACUUCCUUCCUGCAUGAUCACUCUCCUACCCCACUCGUGAUCAUAAAUUCAUCAGUUUCCAAUCUACAAUUAUGUAUGUACACACACACAAGCAUGCGUUACUUUGAAAUCAACAUGCACCUGAUUUUUUAAGGAAAUCAAUUGCAUAAUAAAAUUUAUCAACUUAAGACGCCAUUCUACUGUUGCAAAAGACAUUUCAAUUCACAAUGUCGUCCUGCUCGUAGUCUGUUGUCAAAUUUCCAAUUCAAUUAAUUUCAGUUAUUUUAUUUGCAUUUAAACAUUUUUAAGAUGCAGCUAAAGUAUUUUUCCAUAACUCUGUUGAUAUUCGUGGGAUCAGAUUUUUCAUAUAUUCACGCCGUUAAACUUUUAUCAAUCUCAUUCGGAAGCCCUGGAGGUGAAUCUUUCCAGCACAAUCCAUUCCAUGGAGAACAUGGUCACGGGCCACCCCAUCAUCCUCAUAAUUUUGAGCAACACUUCCCCGACCACAACCACCAGCCGAUUCAGCACCACGCCCACCAUGACCUUACACCUCGCCGUCGUGUCGGAUGGCAUCGACCAGGACCGAAAGUAAUCCACAGGGAACACAUUCACAAGGAGCACAUUCAUGUGCAUCACAUUCACAAACACAACCACAUUAAACACAACAUCUUAAAGCAUCACCAUCACAAACACAUCUUGAACGUUGUCCGAGUACCGGAGCAGGUUGUGCACGAGUAUAACGAGGAGGUCGUCAAGAUCCGCCCAUCCGAACAGAUUGUAGAACAUGUCAUUCCACACCACGUUUCGGAACAGCAAGUCUUUACUCAUGACGAGCAGCUUCCGCCGAGAGUGGUUGACCAUGGGUACGGUCAUGCGCACCAUGGACCCACUGCUUUUUCGGGGUGGGGUCGAAAUAUUGGAGGUGAUGGGUGGGGAAGCUACUUUUAAUAAGACCGUAAUAUUUCGGUUGUAUUAAAAUUCUGGAAUAAGUGUUGCUUAACUUUUAAGCAUGUUGUUGUUGUUGAAUGACUUUGAAGAGAUUGUAUGCUAAGUAUUAUUAUUGUUAUUAUUAUUAUUAAAGAUUAUUAACGCAAAUA